UCUGCCUUGUCCCCCCUCAGGGUGUGAGGGGACUCUGCCAUGAUCCCCCGAGGGUGUGAGGGGACUCUGCCAUGUCCUUCCUGAGGGUGUGAAGGGGCUCUGCCGUGUCCCUCCUGAGGGUGUGAGGGGACUCUGCCAUGUCCCUUCAGUGGGUGUCAAAGACCAGUUCCUCUCAUAUGGCCCUCCCAAAUGAGCAGAAAAAUACGUAUAAAUAUGUGUUCCUAUGGGGUGUGGAGCAUCUCUGUGAUGAGGAGAGACUGCGGGAGCUGGGCCUGGUCAGUGUGGAGAAGGGAAGGCUGAGAGGGGAUCCCAUCAAUCCAUACAAAUCCCUCCCAGGGGUGUCAGAGGAUGGUGCCACACUCUGUUCAGUGACAGGAUGAGGAGCAGUGCCCAGGAACUAAAACACAACAAGUUCCAUGCUGACAUGAGGAGGAACCUCUUUGCAGUGAGGGUGGCAGAGCCCUGGAACAGCUGCCCAGGGAGGGUGUGGAGUCUCCCUCAGGAGACAUCCCAAACCCACCCGGACAUGUUCCUGUGUCACCUGCUCGGGGCAGGGGGCUGGACUGGUUGAUCUCUUCCAAACUCAACUAUUCUGGGAUUCUGGGAUGUGUAGAUACUGUGUGUGGCAGAUCCUGUGGUACGCAGCAGCUCCCCUUCAUGCCAGCGGGGCUGACGGGCACCUCAGCGUUAUCUCCAGCAGAGUCAUACAAUCAACAGGGCAAUUUUAUAGACAAACACGUGGAUAACUCCAUUCAACUCACGCUCCUUUAUAGGAACACGCCCAUAUGAAGUUUUCAUGUUUUUAACAUCUGCCACAUGCUUGUAAAUCCAUACUGAGGGAGGAUUUUCCUCUUUCUGAGAGUGUUGGCACGUGUUUCACCACGGCAGGCACUGCCUGGGAGUGGCUGGUCUCCUCGGGGUGAUGGAGAGCCAGACCUGGCCCCUGGACCUUGGUUUUGAGUGGACAUUUCACAUUUUUUCUUUUAUUUCCAGAGAGCCACAGGCUUGUGAGCACAUGAACGUGGUGACCUGGGCAACUGUCCAGCCUGGCAUCAGACUUAGGAGCUUGCUCUUUCACCCCUUGAAAAUGUUAAUUAGCUGUGGCCUUACAAAAUUCUUAAUACAGGUCAGAGGGUGGAAACUUGGAGAGCAGCACAGACUUGCUCUCAUCCUUCUUUUUGGCUUGAUUCUGUCAUGCUCUUAAAGGUUUGAGAGCCACAAAUGUCCUACCGUAAGCAAUGUGAAUUUUGUAUCCACCUCAACUUUUUUCCUGUCCAUCACCUGUAGGUCAAGUGAAAAAUAUGAUUAUUUUGUUUAAUGCAAACAAAUGUAUGUCCAGGAUGGAGCUGGACCAAAAAGUCACCUUAUAUAUAAAUAUAUAUAUGUGAUUUAUUUAACACAGUGUGGUAUAAAAUGUGUAUUGGAAAAAGCAUCAUUUUAGAGAAAUACCUCAAAGACUUGCCCUCAAAAAUACUUAAACUCAUGGUGUAUUUCAUGUGCAAAUGGCUGAACUGUUCCUGCUCUGUGGAGCACUGGGCUGAUAGUCUGGAUCUCCAUCUUGGGGUCUCUAUUUACCAGUGCUCCUUUAUUUUUAUUUAUUUGCAAUUUCUUGGGAAUAUUUCUUUGCUGAUUUUUGUGAGGGAGGGAGAAGACACGUGAGUAACUGGUGAGGAACUGCUGGAAGUUCCUAAACUUGUCUAAACUUGUCUAAAGUUGUAGACAACUGUAAAGAUAAAUUUCACACGCAAAGGAAAGAUCAAGUAGGGAGAGCAACAUUUUUAUGUCUGUUUUCCUUGCCCAGCAAUAAAUGUUUUAACAGAUGCUCAUGACCUCGUUAAUUUUUGUAAAGUCAGGAAAAAAGAGAAUGAGAUACUGAGGGAAUUUCCUCUAGAGCUUUAUUGUUUGGUCUAGAAGCAAUUAAACAGGUGCAGAGAUGUUUCCAAGUCACAGCAAUCUCCUGGUCUGGCCGUUAGCAGACUUUGCUUCCUUGAUUGUGAUUUAAUUUAUGGAUUCAAUUAAAAUAUCAGCAUUUUUAUUGAUAAAUAAAAGCGUUGAAGGAAGCUGCUGGUUACAGAGAUUUGUGCUCCAUGUUGCUCCCCUCGCCCCUUUCCUGCUCAGCUCUAGGAGCAGAGCUGGCUCUUUAGGAAAAGGUCCUCCCAGUUUUCUCCACUUGCCUUCAGGUCCAGCAUCAGCUUGGAUUUAAAAGUUUAAAAAAUGGAGAAAUGCUCCAAUUCAAGUCAGAGCGAGGAAAUUCACUUGGCUGUCUCUAAAUGAACCCAAGUGCAGAGCCAAAUUAGUUCCAUCCCAAGGAAGGAAUGUGGUGCAGAGCCGAGGAAGGAUGAGGGAGCAUUCCCCCUUGGACAGCCCUAGCCCACCCAACCCUCUGCUCCCAGCGCUGAUUGAGGAGCUGGAGUGUGCUAGAGCCUGUUACCAAACAAACUCCUCACACAAAUUAGAUUUCGGGGAGGAAUCCUUCCCCGUGAGGGUGGGCAGGCCCUGGCACAGGUGCCCGGAGCAGCUGUGGCUGCCCCUGGAUCCCUGGCAGUGCCCAAGGCCAGCUUGGAGCAGCCUGAGAGGGUGGAAGGUGUCCCUGGCCAGGGCUCCUGGGCACAGAUGCUGCCAGCAAAGCACCUGCUUUUCAGCUCCCCGUGUCUGUGAGACUGGGCCCACUGAAGUCACAGAUGUCACUGAGUAUGUCCCUCUUCCUCAGAGCCAUGCCUGGAAUGGGGCAGCUCGGGUGAUGACAGCAGUCAGCAGGAAGCAGCAGUAAAGCCCAUGCUGGAGAGAAUCAAAGGCUGUGUUUGCCUUUUCUCAGAGCUGUUUGAUCUUCUUCUCUUACCUUUGCACCUGCUACACGAGAGCUGGGAACAGGCAGCUGACAGUGGGGCUUGGGGAAGGAAGAAGAAAUGGGGCUGGACACCCUCCCCGCCCCGCUGAGCCCUGCAAAAUCCAUGGCACAGGGAUCCUCAAGUGGGCUUGGGCAAGACAAAGGUCCUGGCCUAAAUACAGCCCCUGAGCAAAGCAGGUGACCGCAAGGAGGGGUGGCACUGAGGAGAGGAGACACAAGGGGAAAUGAUCCCGAGGAGGGAUGAUCCCAAGGAUUCACACAACUCUUUCCCAGCAGUGUGACGCCAGGUUCCUGCAGGGCACUACAGCAGGAAGCUGUCUUGUAUUUACAUGUAAGAAUGUGAGCCUAAAUCUGACCAGUGAUAUGUCAGCACCAGGAAUUAGUCAUAGACUUGUUUGGGAAAUUACAGCCAACUAGGAAAUAGAAACAACAACAAAAAAAGACGUUUAUUUCUAGGGUAUUUAAAACCUCGGCAGUCGGGGCUGGAGCAGCAUCUCUGCUCCCUCCAGCUCUCAUCCCUCCCUCACACAUCCCUCUGGCUCCCUACGACAGAGGAGCAGCCGCCGUGGGGAAGAUGAGCUGCAACAGGUAUCCCAUGGAUGUGAAGGCUGUGGGCUUCAUGCAGUGCAGAAAACAGAAGAACUACAUGAUGUUUGUGUCCUGGUCAGAUCAGAACAACAUUCUCAUCUAUAGGACGUUUGAAGACUUUAAGAAAUUCCAUAAAGAGCUGAAGAGAAAAUUCCCCACGGAGAGUGGGUCACUGAGGAGUUUACCCAGGUUUAAAGGAAUAACUAUGCAGCAGAGGAAGGGUGGGAAGCUGAACAGGUGCCUGGAGAUCCUGAAACUGCUGGAAACGUAUUCCCAGGAGCUGCUGAAGACUGAUGUGAAAAUCUCCCGGGGUGAAGAGGUCAAUCAGUUUUUCAAGGCACAGACUCAAGACCUCGAUCCCUCCUUCCCUGAAAACAGUGUUGUGAUCAUGCCAUCAGUAUUCAGAAGGGAGAAGAGCCCCCAGCCCCUGUCCAUCACCCUCCCUCAGGCGUCGCAGAGCUACCGCUGCAUCGAGGCCUUCGAAACCAAAGACACAAAGAACAAACCCUUCACAGUGGCUCAGAAGGAGAUUGUGGAAGUGCUCAUCAAGGACAUGACUGGCUGGUGGCUGGUGGAAAAUGCAGACAAGCAGAUAGCCUGGUUCCCAGCCUCGUACCUGGAAGAGCUCGAUGCCUGUGAGGACAUCCAGAAUGCCUUCAGCUCAAACGAGGAGGGCAGCCUGUACUUUGUGGUGCAGGCCUACGAGGCUCAGAAGGCAGACGAGCUCUCGCUGAACCAGGGGGUGGUCGUGGAGGUGCUCAGGACAUCCCACGACGGCUGGUGGCUGAUCCGGUACAACGGCUGCACCGGCUACAUGCCCUCGCUGUGCCUCCGGCCCUACCAGAACCCUCACCACAAGCUCCAGACCAUGCUGAGCUGCGGGCUCAGGGUCUGCAGCCCGAGCCCCCGCUCCCCGCAGCCGCACGGCAGAUCCCGCUCUCUGCCCCGGGCCAGCUCCACCCCGCAGCUGGAUUUGGAUUUGCAUUUGGAUUUGGAUUUGGACAGCUCCUCGCUGAGCUCGGGCAGCAGCAGCAGCGCCGGGGACGCCCGGCUGGCCUGGAAAGCCGACUUGUCGCGGUCCCUGCCCGAGGUGGAGCCGGCCCGGAGCUCUCCUGGCCCGAGCCGCGGGCACGGCAGCAAAUCCCCGCAGCUCAGUGCGAGAGACAGGAACGACUCCGGCUUCGUGGAGAGCUCCGCGGCCGAGCUGCCCCUCGCUGAGCCGGAGCUGGCCGCGGGUGUCCCCAAGGUGCCAGCCCGGCCCUCAGCGCAGGAGAUCCUGCAGCGGUGCAGCACCGUCACCAAGCGCGCCCUGCAGCGGUCGGCUCCCCGGCCCGGCCUCCCGGUCCCCAGCCGCUCCCCGGCCGGCAGCAGUGGCCCUGGGGAGGAGGGGACACGGGGACAGCCCUGACACCCCGCUCGCUGCAGUCCCCUGGGAGCCGUGGGCAGCGGCUCCGGAGCGUCAGGGCUUGGGACUGUCCCUUCCUGAGGGACACACAACACAUCCAUCAUCUGUGGAGAGUCAGGUUUGGGACUGUCCCUUCCUGAGGGACACACAGACACAUACAUAAUCUGUGGAGAGUCAGGUUUGGGACUGUCCCUUCCCGAGGGACACACACACACAUCCAACACCUCCGGAGUGUCAGGUUUGGGACUCUCCCUUCCUGAGGGACACACACACACAUCCAACACCUCUGGAGUGUCAGGUUUGGGACUCUCCCUUCCCGAGGGACACACACACACAUCCAACACCUCUGGAGUGUCAGGUUUGGGACUGUCCCUUCCUGAGGGACACACACACACAUCCAACACCUCUGGAGUGUCAGGUUUGGGACUCUCCCUUCCCGAGGGACACACACACACAUCCAUCACCUCUGGAGUGUCAGGGCUUGGGACACCAGGAUCAGCUGGCACAGCCACCGUGGAAGGCAAAGGAGUGGCACCAGAGUGCCUCAGUGACCCCUGGCACCCUGAGCUAGUCACCAAACUAGGGGGAUGGGAUGUGUGAUGGCAGUUACUGAACCCCCGAUUUUAUAGAUAUUUUUGACUUUUGAUGUGGGAUUGGGGUUUUUUUUAUAGGUUAGUGGAGAGGCCAUGAAAUACAGGGAUGGGCUGGAUCUGCUGAAUGGUUGUGAGAAUAAAAAACCUGCUGGGGAGGAACCUCAUCCCUGUUCCCUCCAGCCACAUCUGUGCAGGCACAGGAACACAACCAGGGCAGUCACAGCUUGUGUCCCACCUGGGGAUGGGAACAGAGGUCACUUUUAUGGACAAAACAUUCCUCUUUCCAGGGGACUGGGUAGUUACUGAAACUCACAACAAUUCUAAUCCUAAACUCAUUUGCUAGAAAUUAUUUAGGAAAAGAUUUAUAGGAAAUUUAAGACUUUUCUCUACAUUGAUGGCUUUAAUUGUACUUAUUCUCCCAGGUAUCUGUUAAUAUUUUUAUAAUGAACUUGUGAGUUAUUUGUGUUGUUUGAAUUUUAUACAUUUGUGUCUAUGAAAUAAAAUACAUGUAAAUAUCUCUGAA